GGUAGCACUGAUAAUAAGAUGUAUGUAGGAUGAUGGCGGAAGGAGGUUGGAUUUUGAAUGUGUGCACUAGAUACGAUCUGUAGGUGUAACCGCCCGCGAUGUUUGAGACUAGUGUGAUGAAAUUAAAUUUGUUUGCUUUUCAGUCGUAUUAUAUAGCCGUCCGCUUUCAUAGUUGACAUGGGCAAAACAAAUAUAAUGAAAUUUAUAACUCUUAAUAAGUUUAGAAAGAGUGAACAAUUGUAAAUAACCAAGAACAUGAAGAUUGCUGUCUUCUGGGUUGUUGUGCCCUGUAGUCUGGUAAACUAUUACCAUACUAUACGGCGCAACAACCCAGAAGACAACGAUCUUCAGACUCUCCACCGUGAAAACCUCAAAUCCUACAACCAAGAACAUGUGUGAUAUGGAACUUUGAUGGAAUCAUUUUAUAAUGGAUAAGGAAUUUAAAUUUAAAUCUGUAGUCACAUCAGAACAAACCAACUCAAAAGUAAAGAAAAGGAAGAGAUCUGAAGCACAAAUUGAACAGUGGGAUACCAUACGGCGGCAGAGCACAACUGUUGAGGACAAGGAUAUAAAUAUAGAAGGAGUGGUGCGUCUUACUUUGUCUGUGGAGAUGCAAAAUCUUCUGGGAUGCGUGAUUGGUCAACACGUUUCAUCCGAAAUGCCUUGGACCGCCGUAAAAAUGAAACAAGUACAAGAAAAUCUAAUUUCAGAGAAUGACAAAUCUGAGCUCUUUGCAAUUAAGGAAUCACUAAUGAAAUUUUCAGGUACAGAAAUUUUAGUAGGCUACAUAUUCUGUGCUGAGAAACCAAAUCAGUUCUACAUCUGUACUACAGAAGAUGCCAGAAAAUCUGUCGUUCAGAUGAUUGUAAGGAAUAGAGCUGAAAGAGAAAGGCGAGUGCACAAUUGUAUCUACAGAAGUAGCCGGGAAUGGAUUUCAUUGGGCAGUGAAAAGGAAAUUGAGGAUAGCCAACCUAAGCAUGCACGCCCCUUAUUUGAAAUUCAAACAUGGAUUGCGGUUGAUCGCUUGAAACAGCCAGUAGCGUUCCAGGAUCGCGAUGUGGAUGAUAUGCGGGACGGCUAUGUAAACUUUGACUCUUUGCAUCACAAGUAUGUGACUGUGAUGAGAAAAAGAACUGAUGUGGCAAUUCAGGCAGUUCCUGAGGAGGAAUUUUCCAUAGCACAGACAGUUCUGUCGCUUCCAACAAAUAUGUGGACCCAGUACGAGUUUCAUGUGGAAAUUCAGAAGUGUAUUGAAGAUGAAGAUUUAAACAGGAGCAUGAAACAGUUCUUACAUGAGAAAUCACCACAGAUGGCAGACGUUGUUAGAUAUAAUAGUGUAUUUGAUCUGCACAGAGAUGAUUAUCCUAAUCUGGUCACGGCUGAAGAGGAUGUACAAGCUCCUAAAAAGAUUAUGUACACUGAAUACCAGUCAUUUAUGGAUGUAAAAAUUUGCAGAGGAAAGGUAAUCUCUGCUGCAGCAUGGCAUCCAAUGUGGACAGGUGUUGUGGCUUGCUCAUACAUUGAUAAUCAUCAAGAGAAUGAUGAUGUAAGCCUGCAGGAUGUGUUUUCUAUGAACCCAGUACUGAUCUGGAGCUUUAUGGAUACACUGAAUCCUAGACUAGUACUCGGAAGUCCACGUAAAGUUCACGCACUACAGUUCUGUCCGUAUAAUGAGAACUUGCUGGUUGGUGGCUGUAAUAAUGGUCAGGUUGUGGUAUGGGACCUCUGUGAUAGACUGAAGAAAGUUGAAGAAGAGGUUUCGCUCUCAUCAACGAAGUUAAAGUAUCAUCUUGCACUGCGUGAUCUGAUGGGUUGGAUGAGGCCCACAGCCAGUGAUCGAUUCGUGAGUCCAGUGUUAAUAUCCUCACUUCAAUUCUCCCCCAUUAGCUGUAUAAAGGACAUCAAAUGGUUGUCUCCAUAUUAUGAGAUAUCUCAUCUUGGAAGAUACGAAGAACAUAAACCAAACCAGCCAACAGUACUGCAGUUCCUUACUUGCUCAGAAGAUGGCUCAAUAUGUGUCUGGGACCUUAAUGCCCAAUGGAAUAGAAAGCCUCCAGAGAAUAAACCCAAAAAGAGACACUAUAAAUUUAUAGCUUGUGAGAGCGAUGUUUUGGCAAUUUUCAAACCACAUUACAAGUUUGUUGCUGAAAUCCCUGUAUCGAAACGACGCAUGUCCCUUUCAGUGAUUGCAGUUGAAGCAUUUCCAUUAAGGUACAUGCUUCAGACAGAAACUGACUUUGCUGGGAAGCUCAGUAUGACAGAAAGGCUUUAUUACAAACCAGAAUUUCAGAAAGUAAAAUGGUACCCAGAAAUGAAAAUGUACGUUGGGUCUAUGGAAGGUCAGGUGGUACAAGCUGCAUGGGAAGGUUAUGAAUUUAACUCUGGAGAGAAUAUUCAUGUGGAGGCACUCAAAUUCAAAUCAUGGGGUGACGAACAUGAUGGUCCAGUAUCAGCAAUAUCCCUUUCUUUAUUUAAUAAGGACUUGAUCCUUAGUGUUGGAGGAUACAUUAUUGCUGUCUGGAGAGAGAGUAUUAAGUAUCUUCUUCAGGAUGAACCAGUCUUGUGGAGAAGGUCGUGUGUCAUGCUGACCAGUGGGGCUUGGUCUUUGUUUUGUCCCAGUAUGUUCUUCAUCGCUCGUGUAGACGGUGUCUUUGAAGUUUGGAAUUUUCUUGUACGGAGUGACAAGCCAAUACUGGUCCAAAGCAUCUCAGGAAGUGCACUCACAGGUAUAUAUCCCAGCAGACUUGGACCCAUGCAGAACGUCAUAGGCUUUACUGACAUCGGUGGUAAUUUCCGUGUUUUCUUAAUGCCCCAGGAACAUGUGAUAAGUGAUCCAAGAAAUAAGGAAGCAGUGGAUAAAUUCUUCGAUCGAGAGACAGAACAUAGGAAAUUUGCACGUGAGAGGCAGGACAGGUGGAUGGCAAAGAAUGCUGAUGCGCUACAGGCAAAGAAGGAGGCGGCACAAACAGAAAUGAAAAAAAGGGAAGCCGAGAAAAGGGCAAAGGAGAGACUUGAAAAGGAGAAAAGGAGACAGGAGGAGGAAGAACUACAAAGGAGGAAAGAAAAAGAAAGUAAAGAUUACAGGAAAGAAGAAAAUGUAAGAAAGCACUUUGAAUCAGAACAAGAGAAGUACCUGAUUGGUGUUUUGUUGGAGAAAAAGAAGUUGGAUGAAUCAGCUUUGUUGAACAAGAAGGUGCCAAUUGACCAGUUCAAAGAGGAGGAGAGACAAAAGAGAUUAAAGCAGGGUAAAAUGAAGCAGAAAAAUAAAUUGGCCGAGAGAGUAUCCACGCUGUUUCCAGAAAUGGUCAAAAGAGAAUGAUUAGAAGGAUUUAAUAUUCGAGAUAAACCGUGCAUUUGAAGUGAACCAGAAUGAACGUCUUGCAGAAAGAAGAUGGUGAUGUUGCAUGGAUCUGUACAGAAACACCAAUAGAAAUGAGAGAUACUAUAAAGGAGAAGGUGACGUUACAGCCUGGAGAGAAGUCUGGAAAGAGAGCAGGAAAAAAAGAAAUAUAGAAUUAGAUGAUUUAUCACAUUAUAUUAUUUUAAAAAUAGCCAAAACAGGGAAACAUGAUUGACUUUACAUGUAAUUCAAUUCUAAAGGGUUCUGACGACGGUAGUUUACACUUAAAAUUAUUCAUUGUCAGGACUUUUUUCAUCGUCUAAUCUUUAAAAAAAACCACGACGUUUCGGAGGCUGGUAGAAUAAAAAGGCAUUCUGUCACUUUGUCACCUUGAAGAAGUUUCCUGUAAAAAAAAUCAGAAAUAAUUCACCAAAACACUUGUAAGGCUUAAUGUGAAUUGUUUCUGUUUGAGAAAGUAUUAGCAGAGUAAGAAAUAUCUAAUUAGAAAUAAAAAUCAAACAGUUACGUGUGUAUGCAUGAAAAUGGAGUGGGCACUAAGGCAUCCUUUGCACUGCAACCAUUUGCUGAUAUUUUGUUUUUCCCCCUCUGUUAAUCUUCCAGUAGCUCCUUGCCGGCAGUGAAGCACAGUAUCUUACUAAGCGAGAUAUGAUAAUCGCCUGGUUUCAGGAAAUGCCUUCCCAAAUGGCGACAUUGUAUUUCAGCUAAGGCCUCGCAAUCACAAAGGAUAUGUGACACUGUUUCUGUUUAUUUGUAGCACCUUCUAAAAAUGGAGUUGUCCCCUUAAAUGACAUCAUAACAAACGUAUACUACAAGA